AUGGCGGCAGGCUUUGAUGUGCAUGGCGGCGUGUGCACUUCAUUUAAGCCGAGUGCAGCUCAAGUGUCUCUGAGGAUGUGCCGUGGAUGGCUGAUGCCAAAGGCCGUCAACAUAAGUCUGUAUCGAAAGUUCAGUGGCUAUAGACCUUUUUUGUAUAAUAUCACAGUGGAUUUUUGUGAUUUUUAUCACCAUAAGGCACGAUAUCCCUGGUUGAAAAUCGGCCACGAAGCGCUUUCAAAGUUUAGCAACCUAAAUCACAGUUGUCCCUAUAAUCAUGACAUAAUUGUAUCGGGAAUGAUUCUCAAUGAUGGAAUGCUACAGAAAACGCCCUUUCCAACUGGAUCCUAUAUGCUUCAAGUCAUUGCUGGCACUCCGGAGUGGCAGGGCAUCACGCAAGUUAUGGUGGAUAUCGUAGAGGUUUAA